GACCGGCGCAGACGGUGGAGGAAGGAGAGGGGUACUGAGCCCGAGCGGGGCUGAGCCGGCAGACCCAGGUGAGCGGACCAGAGCGGAGCGCUCCGGAAGACUGACCCGGACGGAGGGAGACCGCAGAUCUGGGUUUUGGGAGGAAUUGCAUCACCUGAAAGAGUCUCUCGCUUUGCUUUUCAGUUGCGGGCUCUGAGCUCUGGUACUACAGGAGCCGCUCACUCUUCAGCCUCUGCUCCUGGACCUAUGGAAUCUCCAUCUAGCGUUUCUUCUUGUUCCUCCUCCUCACUCUCCUCGUCAUUUUCCACAUCCCCUGUGAACAGUGACUUUAGCUUCUCCUCUGAUAAUGAGAGGGAAGGCAAGAGCGCCCACGGGCUCAGGCCUGAAGCUGUUGGGCAAAGGGGAGGUGCCCAGCCCAGUCCGGGUCCUAUCCACUGCAGACAUCGACCCAGGGUUUCUGGUAACCAGCAUACAGCAUCUCAUCUGGAACAGCGAGGAUCUAGGGUCAAAAGAUCAAGAGACGGGAAACUGGAGACCAGUCUACACACCCAGGGAUGUAUCACAGAGGGAGACCUGCUGUUUGCUCAAAAGUGUAAAGAACUCCAAGGGUUCAUACGGCCCCUCACAGAUCUACUGAACGGACUAAAAAUGGGCCGCUUCGACAGAGGAUUGAGUAGCUUCCAGCAGAGUGUGGCCAUGGACCGGAUCCAGCGGAUAGUGGGUGUUUUACGGAAGCCUCAGAUGGGAGAACGUUACCUAGGAACGUUGCUGCAAGUGGAAGGGAUGUUAAAGACUUGGUUUCCUCAUAUAGCUGUCCAGAAGUCAUCAUUAGGAGGGAGCAGGCAUCAGAUAAACAAGGACUUUCCAAGCCCCCACAGUGACUCAGCUGCCUCCUCUCCUGCACCUCUAAUGGAGAAGCUGGGCCAAGCACAGCUAGGACAUGUAGUGUUGAAACCAAAGCAGCCUUGGCAUCUGGCAGAGUGGCCAGCUAUGAACCUCACCUGGAGUCAUAGCCCUCCCAUUUGUAGCCCUCCCCUCAGUCCCCAAGGCUCCGCCUCCAGCCACAGUUCCCAAGGCACUGCAGCCAGCAUUGGUGUCAUCCUUGUGCUCCAGAAGACAGGAACACCCUUCACCCACUCUGCCCCCGGCACUCCGAUCCCACCAGCUGCACUGUCUCCUGUCAGCCCUGGUGAUCUGAAGAAACCAUCUGGAGAGGGGUCUUGUUGCCACAGUUUGCCAGUAACGCUGCCAUCAGACCGGAGCUGCACCCUCUGUGCCCCUGCUCUCCCUGCCACAGUCAGAGAGACGGCUGCAGGACACCUGGAGCCACAGCCGACCAGCCAUCCUGCCGGUGGCCCUGGUCCUUAGCCCCUGGCUCAGGCUUUACAAUGUCCUCUGAGUUCCUGUUUGUGUAAAUAUUAUGUUUAUGUGUAUUUCUUUUUUUUUUUUUUUUACUUUUAAUGUAUUUGU